AAGGGCUUCAUUGUAAGCUACGAUGCUAAUUUACGGUGUUAAAGUCUCUCUAACAAAGCCUGACAAAAUCUGCAGUUCAAAUGGUAUCUGUAUACUGUCAUUCGGUCGGGGGCUUACUUUUGACAGGGCAACGAGAUGAAGAAGCAGAGGGAGAGCCAGUGCACUCAGAAGACCAUCUCAUUGCUGAGCCCCCUGGGGACGAUCCAAGUCAGUGGAUGUGAGAAUGGUGUGCACACCAUCCAGAUCCUAAUGGAUGUCGCACCUGCUGAAAGGAGCAGCGAGGUCCCCCUGAGCUGUGUGGUCAAUGAUAGCCCGGCAGAAACGAGCCCCGAGUUGCGGUGCUGCGUUGAAUGGCUCCAGGCGUACUUCAGUGAGCCGCAGACCACUGGGAGUCUCCCGUUCCCUGCCUUUCACCACCCCGCCCUGCAAGGAGACGCGUUCACCAGCCGCGUGUUGCAGAUACUGCUGAGGGAUGUGAAGUUUGGAGAGACGGUCUCGUACAAACGCCUCGCUGAGAUGGCGGGAAACCCCAGAGCGGCGCGGGCGGUGGGAGGGGCCAUGAGGAAGAACCCGGUUCCUCUCCUCAUCCCCUGCCACCGAGUAAUUUCUAGCAGUGGACAGAGUGGGCCGUACAUGAGCGGCAAGGGCGACCAUCUCAAACAAUGGCUGCUCACCCAUGAGAGGCAGUGAAGGGAAGGCUUAAGCAUGACAGAGGCCAACUGUCCUCCAUUCAGUACAUAGUCACACACACAAGGCCGGGAUUUCUUUUUAAGAACACAAAACAGGGCCAUAAAGUUUAGCGUUCUUGGCACACUCUGUGGAACAACUUGAGCUGCUUGUAGAUAUUCAGUUUAUUCUCCUUUUUUAAAUCUAAGAAUAGAGAUGCUGCAUAGUUAAUGUGAUACAGAGUUGUUGCAGAAUUAGAAUGUACAAAAAUAACUUAAACAGAGAAGAGUAGGAAUUACAAACAUAAUGCUCCCGUGGGUCUCCAUUGCGUUUGCCAGAUAGUGCUGGAAUGGUUUUUCUAAAGAAUUAUUAUUCCCUUAAAAAUAUGUCUCUUGCAUUGUUGUUGUUGUUGUUUUUUUUUCCUAAGCAGAAUUAGUCUUUGUACCUCUCGUUGGUUUUUUAAUUUCCUGCCAAGUGAAUGCUUUGUUCAACAUCCAAUGAUAAAGGCUCUGAAUUGUACUGCUACAAAGCUUUGUAGUGAAGCAUUUGUUUUGUCUUCAUUUAGAUCUCAUUGUUUGCUCUCGCCUUAUAAUCCACCUAGAGUGGAGAUGUCUUAUGCAUUAUAUACUUUACUUUUGUUACCUUAGACAUGUUUAAAUAAAUACAUCUCAAAAUGACAAA